CAACUCUGCGCGCACAGUGCUGCACAACGCACGCCCCAAAUAAAAAAAAGUGUUGACACGUUGACAGAACAUUUGGCCCGUCUUUAACGAGGAAUUGACUAUUAUUUUUGUUGUUAUAUUUACAGCCAACAAUCGAGCCGAACGAACAGUCGAGCGACAAAACUUUGCACUAACGAAUUAAACAGCUGUAACUGAGCAAAAGCCGAUAUUGACGCAGGAUUUGAGGCUUGUCAGCUGCUGCGUGGCAGCAAAUGCUCUUUUUUAGUCAAUAACUAGCCGCAAAUACCAAAUAGAGAAAAAGAAAAUAGCGAAAUGCGCGACGAGCAGCUGAAUAACCAAAGCAACAACUGCAGCAGCAACAACAACAGCAACAACAACAACAACAACAGCAGCAGCAGCAAGAAGAAGAACAACAGCAGCAGCAGCAGCAGCAAAGUGAGAAGCCCAAUGUUGUUGCUGUCGCUGCUGGUGCUGGCAGCGCUGCUGCAGUGCAGCUCCGCUGUGGAGUUCACAUUCGAUUUGGGUGACAAUGCGGAGGAUUGCUUUUACGAGGAGAUCAAGCGCAAUACGAGCGCCUAUUUUGAAUUUCAAGUAUCCGCCGGCGGUCAGCUGGAUGUGGAUGUGGUCCUCAAGGAUCCACAGAAUCAGAUCAUCUAUUCGCUGAACCGCGCCACCUUUGAUAGCCAUCAGUUUACCGCUGAGACAACGGGCGUUUAUACCGCCUGCUUUAGCAACAAGUUUUCGGCAUUCUCGCACAAAAUCGUCUACGUGGACUUUCAGGUGGGCGAGGAGCCGGCCCUGCCCGGCGUCGAUGAGCACGCCACGGUGCUGACCCAAAUGGAGACAUCAUCCCAGGCGAUACACAAGGCCCUCAACGAUAUACUCGACGCCCAGACGCAUCAUCGUUUGCGCGAGGCGCAGGGACGCAAACGUGCCGAGGAUAUCAAUCAGCGUGUCAUGGUCUGGGCCUCGCUGGAGACGGCGACCGUUGUCCUGAUCGGACUCAUACAGAUUUUGGUGUUGCGCAACUUCUUUACGGAUCGCAAGCCCAGCCAGGCGCGCUAUGGUCGUCUGUAAUCUGUAAUCUGUAAUCUGUAAUCUGGAUGAACUGGAGCACGCAGUGGGAGAAGCGCAACCAUCUCUACCAUAUAAACAUACAUACAUAUAUAUAUAUAUAUUAAAUUUUUUUUUAUUAUUUUUAAUUUUAUGAAACUGUUGUCAGGCUAACUUCUCACAUGUAUUCCCAUUGCCCAGCAAAUUGUAAUUGAUUUGUUUAUAAGCCCUUCCCCACGUCCAGCCCACACCGAAUGUAUCCUACACCCCCGCC